AUGAUUGAUCCAGAGUUUCAAGAGCUGUAUUAUUGGGAUUUUGAAGAUCAAGGAGAUAAAGUUAAAGUUUCGUUCAAUUGCGAUAUUACAAUCAAGCGCGAUAGCUUCAAGCUCAAUUUUGAUCCAGAAAAAAAUACACUUUCAUUAACAUUUAUGGAUAAGAUCCCAAUCAUCUUGGGUACAUUAUUUGGAAAGGCAAAAAGCGUCAAUAAUAUCCCAUCACUUAAUCAAUAUAUUCUCGAAAUCGAAAAAGAGGAAAAUAUCAAGUGGCCAAUCCUCAUAAUCAAGCCAGUUCCAGAAACAAACGAAAUAGAUCCGCACUCAGCUUUUGAAUUAGUUUACUUAGUUACUUCUGAUCAAAAUUAUCAAAAUGAAGAAUUGAAAUUAGGAGAACUUUUAAAGUUUUCCGCUGGUGCUGGAUAUCUUCCAGCUAUACAAGGCGCUAUACAAACAUUUAUUCAUGAACCUGGAAAGCGCGAUGUUGCAAUUGAAUAUAUGCAAGUUGCUGCUGAUGUUUAUCAAAAUCCAACAUCGAUUUUUGAAUUAGGAAUCUAUUUAUUCGAAUCUGAUACUGAUCGCGAGAAAGCUGUUGUUUAUUUACAUAGAGCUUAUGAUAUUGGUCAGACAAUUGCUGCAAUUUACUUAGGAUUGGCAUAUUCUCCACUCUCAGAGUAUUCCUUCCAGAAUAAGGAUGCUACAAUGGCUUUCAAAUACUUUUCAGAAGUUUUGGACGCUGGAUCUCCUGUUGUUUAUCAUGAAAUAGCCAAAUUAUACGCAUCUGGUCAAGGAGUCCCUCAAGACAAGGAAAAGGCUGAUCAAUACCAGAAAAAUGCCAAAGAAUUAGAUCCAGCCAUUUCAGACUUACCUGAAUUUGAAACUAAGUCAGAAGAUAAGAAUGAUGAUUCAAGUCCUUCAUUGAUUGAUGUAGGAAUUGCAGCUGCAGCAACUGUGACAGGAGCAGCAGCAUUAUUUUAUCUUGCUUAUAAGUUUAUCAAAAAAUAA